ACAUCAUCGAUGUAACCGUAAACUGUAAUAGAUUAGUAAAAUGUAAACAAACAAAAUUAGUACCACCUUUAUUACCGAAACACUCUAAAACCAUAAUAAUUAAAUUUAAACUCUUAAUAAUUUAUUAUGAAUGUUAUACAUUUAGACAUUCAGCGCCUAAAAAAACAUUUCAUAAAUUAUCUGUACAAGUUGGCCGCACUGAUAUGAGAACCCUGUUCCGGUUUUUGUUUCCCCUCUGGCCCCGCUGCCGUCAGUGUAGUGUAUCGUUCACAGCAAGAGAAAAUCGGAAAAAUAUAUAGUAAUUUGCUGGAUCUAUUACUUUUUCCCCUUCUAACAAGGGCAUCAGUAAAAUAAUCCUCACUCAUCGUCCACGAUGUCCGUCGACAAGGAGGAACUGGUGCAACGCGCCAAACUGGCGGAGCAGGCUGAACGAUAUGACGACAUGGCGGCCGCGAUGAAGGAAGUUACGGAAACCGGCGUCGAACUCAGCAACGAGGAAAGGAACCUCCUUUCUGUUGCUUACAAGAAUGUGGUCGGCGCAAGACGAUCGUCAUGGCGCGUCAUUUCCUCCAUUGAACAGAAAACCGAAGGUUCAGAAAGAAAACAACAGAUGGCAAAAGAAUAUAGGGUUAAAGUAGAAAAGGAGCUCAGAGAAAUCUGCUAUGAUGUCUUGGGUUUACUUGACAAGCACCUUAUUCCUAAAGCUAGUAAUCCAGAAAGUAAAGUAUUUUACCUUAAAAUGAAGGGAGAUUACUACAGGUACCUCGCAGAAGUGGCCACAGGAGAAACCAGAAAUUCUGUUGUAGAGGACUCACAGAAAGCAUACCAAGAUGCUUUCGAGAUCAGCAAGGCAAAAAUGCAACCCACACACCCAAUCAGGCUGGGUUUGGCGUUAAAUUUCUCCGUCUUCUAUUAUGAGAUAUUAAAUUCGCCAGAUAAGGCGUGUCAACUCGCCAAACAGGCUUUCGAUGACGCGAUCGCGGAAUUAGACACACUGAAUGAGGACUCGUACAAGGACUCUACGCUGAUCAUGCAGCUGCUGCGAGACAACCUGACGCUGUGGACGUCGGACACGCAGGGCGACGGCGACGAGCCGGCCGAGGGCGGCGACAACUAGGCGCCCCGUCUCUCAGCACACGCAUUUGUUCUCAUCGGUGUUUUAUAAGAAAACGAGUAACAUUCGAGAACGCCGCGCGGCGCCGGUCACCCGCCGCUGUUGCGAGCCGUCGCUUGUAAAAAAUGUUAAAAAUGUCGUUCGCAGCGGACCUUCACGAUCCGUCUAAAAUUAAAUGUUGUGUCAUCUUUGACGGUUUUUGUAUUUCUGUAUUUACACUGGAUUACAGAUAUCGAGCUGACCUGAUGGAUAUAAAUAUUUAUAACUUAAGUUAUUAAAAUUACGGUUUCUUAAGUUAAAAGUGUUUUCCUUUCAUAAUUAGUAUCUUUACAGCCUGGUCGGCCCCAAAGUAACAUUCCUUUCGCCGCAUGUCCGCAGUGAAAUGGAGAUCAUGAUGGUGAAUAUUGUUUUUUUUUUUGAAUUAUGGAUUGAAUUUUGUUAAAAGUGCGCCCAAUCCUAUGAAAUUUAGAUUUUCAUAAAAAAUAUCCACAAUCUGUAAUGGCUGUAUUAGGGCACAAAAAACUUGUUAGUGUCUUUUAUGUGGUUUUGUGAUGUCCCGUAAAAUUUUUGAAUAUUACCAAAGGAAAACUUAUUGUUGAGAUUGACAUUAACCAUUUUGUUGUGCCCCAUCACAUAAUAAUAGAUAGCAUUCUGAAUUUUCAGGCAUUUAUUAGCAAAAUAGUUUUUGUGAUGGACAAAUUAAUAUUGUAACAUUUCUGCUGCAUUUUAUCAGCCAUUAAUCUUAUUAUAUUUUUCAUGUUUUCACCAAUAAACUUUUGUAUUAAAUACAA